GAUCCAAGCUCUUGAGUCCCAAUUCCCGCUACUCCCCAAGAACUCUAGUACUACAAGUCCCAGAAUGCACCUCUUCAAAGGUUCACUUCCUCUUCCGACUGCCAGAGCAGUGGCUCUUGCCGACGUGUUCCUCGGUGGUGGCGGAGUCGUGGUUUCCCCUGUGCCAGGCAAAAUGGAGCUCGAGGCCAUGAGCAGAUACACCAGCCCGGUGAACCCCGCCGUCUUCCCCCAUCUGACCGUGGUGCUGCUGGCCAUCGGCAUGUUCUUCACUGCCUGGUUCUUCGUAUAUGAGGUCACCUCCACCAAGUACACGCGGGACAUCUAUAAGGAGCUGCUUAUCUCUUUGGUGGCCUCCCUCUUUAUGGGCUUCGGCGUCCUCUUCCUGCUGCUCUGGGUCGGCAUCUAUGUAUGAGCUCCCAUGGGUUCCUACCUGGAGCUGUGCUGAAGCCCUGCAUUUUUUUGUAAAUUAAUUUUUGUACUGUUAUCGGGAAUUUCCUAUGUGCUGUUCACAAUAAAGGUAUAUGAACUAUUUCAAA